CAAACAGAUAACAAGAGUUUGUCCAACCAGACGGAUGUGUUGACAAAAUUAACGGUAUUUGAGUGCAAAGUGUUUUAAGAGAAAUUUUCUUUCUAUCGAAGUGAGCAUAGAAAUGUGGUUUAAAAGAAGAAAUUCUUAAUUAAAAUAUUUAAAUAAAUAAAAAAACAGGCAAGUAGGUGUUAUAAAUAAAUAGAAAAAAGAAAGGAAAUACUUAAAUGAAAUAAAUAUAAGCAAAAAAAAAAUUAAACAAAGCAAAUGUACGACGAUGUGAAUAAUAAAAUAUACAAGUGCACAUUAUAUUGUUAUGACUGGAUGCAAAAACCAGUUUAAAAGUAUCUUACAAAAAUUUAUUAAUGUUUACAAAAAAUAUUAACAUAACAAACAAAACAAUAAGAAAAAUAUAAUAACAAAGAAAAACAAAACAAACAAGUUGCUGCAUAAACACGCACGAUUAAAAAAAAAACAAUUAUUAUUAACAUAAAAAGUACUAUAUACUAGGUACUACUAGAUAAAUGUAAAUAAAUUGCAAAAUAACAACAAAGUGAAAUAAAUCAAGAAACAAAAUAUAAAUAAUAAUUAACACUCAACUUAAACUUCAAGAAAAACAAUAGACAGCAAGCUAGACGUAACGAAUCGAAUAAUUCCUCUACUAGGGGCGGAAAAGAAUUAUUUUCAAUUCGGCUAAACACCCUGCAUGCACUACCGUUAAUUUUCCACAAAUUAAAAAAAUUUACUCAUGUGGAACAACAUUGUUGGCAUAUGGACCCACAUGCCUUGUAUUAAUAAUAAAUUGAUUUAAUCCAAUUUAAACAAAAAUAUAAAAAAAAACUACUUAAAAUUAAAAUACCAACAACAUCAUUGACGUUGUCAGCAUCUCAACAAUAUUUGCAGUGGCAGCAUCAGCAACUACAACCACGAGUACACUCAAAAAUAUAGCCAGCCACAGAAAGAUACGAAUAGAUAAAUUCAAUAAUUAUUUUGAUAAUGUGAAUGAACUUUAUAUAUGUUUGUCAUAAAAAAAAUAUAAGAAUUACACACCCAGCAUCAUCAUCAGCAUAGUCCAAGCAUGGUCGUUGGUCUAUUGAGGCAGUGGCUAUAAAAAAAACUCAUGCUAUCCAACCAAAAAAAAUUACAAAAACAAUCCCUUUAUCACCAGCAACAACAAAACGGCAACAACAACUACAACAAUACUUACUAAAAAAUUUAAACAUCACAAGAGAAGAGGUUUUUAUCUUUUAAUUACUAUUGUGGCACAAUUUUAAAAUUUUUUCAUCAUCUCAAUCAGUUGAAUAGCCAUCUCUCUUUCUCUCUACUAAGCAAAAGUUCAUUGGCGCUGGCCCAUAGAUUACAAUUGAAUUUGAUGUCAUAUUGAGAAUUAAAAUAAUAAUUAAGAAAUUGCAAUAAUACAAAGAAACAAUAAAAACAUUUGACAAGUACCCUUUAUUCACAAAAUAAAUUGAAGUUGCUGUCUUAAUUAAAUCGACUUCAUAACAAUAGAGUUGUAAACAUAAAUUUAUUUACUGCUGCACUCCCAGCAUAGAGCAGUGAGUGAGAGUGCGUUAGAGGGAGCAUCAGCAUCGCGAUGCCAUCUUUAAGACAAAAGGUCACCACCUAUUUUCGUCAAUUGAGUUUUAUAGCUGAACCUCGUGAUGGUCCCAAGAGUCCGCGUAAAACAGAUGAAGAUGGAAAUUUUAUAAUCAAAUAUUUAGAGGGCCGAAUGGAUCGUAUUUUCACCACCGGCCCAGAUGUCUACAAUGGUCAGAAUCCUACCGAUUUACCAGACUAUCAAAUUUCCACCUAUCCCACAGGACCGAAUACAAUAACGGCCGCCUGUACGGGUCCCGACGAUGGUUUGACUGGUAUAAAAAGAUCCAAAUUGCAUUUGAGUGCUAGCUAUGCCGACGACAUUGAUUUCAUCGAUACAAUACAAGAGUCCGAUUGUUUCGAGGUGCGCAAAAGUAUUAAUCCCACCAACAAUCGUAAUCACAAUAGAUUUCAACGUUACGGUAGUGGUCGUCGUUUAAGUAAUGGAGCCAGCACCAGUACAAACGAUCAGAAUGCGAAUAAAACAAAUGGUAGUGGUGGGGUUGGUGGUAUGCGUUCGCGUAAAAACUCCAAGACAGGCAUAGCAAAUCUGGCACAAAAUCAAACCAAAGAGGUGAAUUUAGGAGGAGGAGUGAAGACACAGCAGAAAAAUGAAGAAAAUCUAAAUAAAUCCACGACAAUAGUGGUGAGUAUGGUGGCUACCAAGUCCACUACAGCCCAAACAGCCACUGCCGCCGAUAUGAAAACAAACGCUGCCAAUGAUCAAAAUAAUAAAAACCUUUUAAAUACCAAGACUGAAAGUAACACAACAAAUUCUAAGCUAAAGGAAACGGUGGACUCUAAAGCUGAUGUGGGUACGGUUAAAAUUCUCGAGGGUACUACAGAGCGUUUGCUGCGUGAAGCUGUAUCCAAUCAAUCGUCAGUGGUGGAAGUGGAUGAUUCUAUAGCGGGUGUUAGUAAUUGGAAAAUGGAAUGUGAUGCAGCCUAUGGCAUUUCGGUUUCGCUGUAUGAAAAUAAUAUGUUAACCAAAGAACCCAUGGGCAAUCCCAUAGCCGAUUGCUAUGGCAUGGUGGCCAGAGGCAAUGCAGCCGCCAUGGCUUUAGCUGAUGGUGUUAAUUGGGGUGAUGGUGCUCGUUUGGCAGCACGAUCAGCGGUGCAUGGUUGUUUGGAUUAUUUGGAUCGUGCCAUAUUUGGCUUGGCUCAUGAGUGCAUGGCCACCUCCACACAGGAAGUGUUCAUAAGUCUAUUGCGCAGUCUCUGGGAAGGUCAUGGUUGUAUAUUGGAAGUUGGUGGUGCUCUUAGUACGUUAACAAUAGCAGUGGUUCUACCCUUAGCCAAAGAUAGUAGUACUGGCGAUCAGAAUGGUGUGGAAGAGGGAGAGGUGUGUGAGAAAUAUGUCGUAUGUGCCUGUAAUGUUGGAGAUUCCUUGGGUUAUGUAUACUCUAAGAAGCAUGGCGUCAGAGAGUUUACUUUGGCUUCACAUGAUAUUACCUCCAUGCGAGAUAUGCGCGAUGCUUUAGGAGCUUUGGGACCGGCGGACGGCAAUAAACCUGAAUUGAGCAAUCUUACAUUGUCCAUGACAAUUAUAGAUCGUGGUGAUAUAGUCUUUUUAACUUCGGAUGGUGUUAGUGAUAAUUUUGAUCCGGUGGUGGGUAAGUUUGCCGAAGCUUGGACCCCAGAUGUUAAACUCAUGCCCACUACCACCUCUCCACCCCAACGUAGUGGCAGUGUUUUGGCUCCAAAGCGGCAAAAUAAAAGCGCCUCCGCCAUAUAUGCACGUUUACAUGGUUCUUCAAAUCCUACAAGUCCGGUGCCACCUGUUAGACCUCCAAGGUCCAAAAAAUCCUCAUCGCCCGAAAAUCCAGCGGCACCUAGUCGACCUAAAUACAUGAGAUCUCAUACAGUCAUAGAGCCACGAAGACUUUCGGCAGCUGGUACAAAUGUGGGCCAUACCACCUAUAAUUACAAGCCCAAAAUACCAAAAUCUUUAACGGGUCUGCCUCUGGUAACUGGACCCCAAAGACAUGCUCUUACGCUACAUCGCUUGGAAGAUCUGCUGAGUUAUGGCAUAAACGGUACUUUCUCACCCUGUUCUUCAGCCCGACGCCUGUGCCAUUUGCUGAUUGAUUUUGUGCGCAUGAUUACCUCGGCGAGACGCAAGACUCUGGAGCAAAGGGAAUUAUUUUACAAAUUAUCUACUGGACCUGAUGGUAUUAAGCGGGAAGUGGAAUUGAAUCGCAUGCAACAUAGAGCAGCCCGUAAACGUGUUAUAGAUAGUGCUGCUUUUGUGGCUUUACCGGGUAAACUAGAUCAUGCCACAGUGGUGGCCUAUACAGUGGGUAGUGGUGCUCGAGGACAUUGCAAAAGCAAUCAGCACACUCCUCAAAUUUCCCUAACAACCGAAAGACAAUUGUCCAACGAUGAUGCCACUUUACAAUCAAAAGAAUUUCAGGAAACAAAUUUUUGAAUUUAAAUCAAACCCUCCAAAAUUUAAAAAAAAAGACAAAUUGAAUCGACAGGAUUUGAAAUCUCAAAAGGAGAGUUAUUGUAUUGAAUCAUAACUUGCAACAUUUAAAAGGGAAACCCGAAACCCUUAUAAUUUUAAGUAUUUCAUUUAAGGUUUCCCUUACCCAGUUGUUAAACUCUAUUUAUUGCUAAUACUUCAUACAUAUUUUGAAAAGAAAAUUUUUGUGCUUUAUUAUAAUAUUUUGUUUUUAUACUUACAUAAUUAAGAGCUUUUUUUUUAAAAAAAAAAAAACUGUCUUAUUUUUGAGUUCAUUAAUAAUUGCAUUUUGCAAAAACCAACUUACUUUAAAAAAUAUGCCUCAAAUUUUAUAAAACAAACAAGUAAUAAGAACGAAAAGACAAGAAAUCAACCUAAAAAUAUAUACCAAAUAGUUUACAAGAGAAUAUUUAAUAUUACAAUUAUAAAAUAAAAUACAUUACAUUACAUUAAAUACGUAAAAUUAUUAUUGUAAUUAGAUUGUUUUACAAAAUGUUUAACAUGCUAAAGAACUAAAUCUUAUGGUCUGAAAUCUGGAGCUGUAGAAAUCUAAUAUGGAUUAUGUGCAAAUGCAAAUUUAUUAUUUUUAAGCAUAACAUACAUACAUUUAAAAAUAAUUAAAAACAUACAUACAUUUAUAAAUUGAAAGGAAAGAUAUUGAAAUAUUUUAAUAAAUCCAAAGUCAUUUCAUAAAUGCUUUUAAAUGUUUAA